AACGUCUCAAAUCACCAAAAGACUCAAGAAAAAGAAACUCUCACUUCUAGCUCUUCACCGGAGACUAAAGGUCUAAAGUCUGACAGAAGGAAUCCAAAACCGAGAGACAAAGAGGCUACAAUACACGACAGUUGUGGGUUGCCUUGAAAACAAAGUCAAGAUUUUGUCGACAACCGUCCUCCGACUCUGACAUGAUGUCCCAGCACGCAGCCUUGACCAGCCUGUUUGGCGACGACCCUUUCUUCAGCCAUGAGCGACUGCUGUGGCCUUUGCGUCACGAGGCUCUCUCCUCACUGCAGCAAGACUUCUUCAACCAGAGAACCAAACUGGCCAACACCCUUCUGAAGGAUCUCCACAUCGGGCCACAGCUGCUCCAGCUCAGCCAGUUGCCUCUCAUGUCCUCCACUUUUGCAAGGCUGAGUGAUGAUAAAGAGCUGCAGAGGGAGACUUCCAGCACAGAGCUGCAAAAGGAAGCUCAGCAGACCACAGACAACAACAGUGACCUCCUGGUAACCCUUGACGCCCGUGGUUACGCCCCCAAUGACAUCACUGUUAAACUGCAGGGACGGAGCCUGGCGGUGGUGGCCAUGAAGCAGGCCGGAGCAGAAGAGAGCCAGUCCUGUGCCUCCUCCUCCUCCUGCGCCUCCUUCUGCUCUUCAGCUUCGUCGAAAAUGGGAUUCGUUCAGAAGAUCGACUUGCCCCCUCACCUUGAUCUGUCCGGCCUCUCCUGCUCCCUCAUGGAUGAUGGGCAGCUGCGAAUCCACGCCCCCGCCACCAAGAAGGCAAUCACUGAGGAGCAGGAGGUGCCUGUUCGGUUCAGGACAUCGCUGGAAUUUCCCAUCACCAAGGAAAAGACAGAGGAGGAACACACAGACUAAUGCACUCCCACUUCACAUGCACACACUGAAUGAAAACACAUAUUUAAAAUAAAUAUAUGUUUUUAUGCCCACGCACACACAAACUUCCACUUGACUGUCUAUAAAGAGUAAAGUUUACCAUAACAAAAUGAA